CCCCAUGUCGAUUCAUCUCUCCUGAUGGUUGUCUCUCUGUGCCCCAAGGAUUGGUUUCUCCAUCCCGCUGUCUCUGUGUUCUUUAGCUGCUUUGGUCCUUCCACCAUCAGGAUGAAUUAUCUCGUCCAUACACUCAUUCUACUGGCUGCUGCUGAACUGACCCGAGCAGGUCAUGUUAAAGUGAGAUGUAAAGAGGAGCAAAUCACAGCCAAGGCUGGUGAAGAUGACAUCAUCCAGUGCCGAUUUUAUUCCAGAAACAAGGCUGGCAGUGUGGCUUUCGUUUGGAAGAAGGAGGAUGCUGCAGGGAUUAUCUACAAUUACACGAUGAGCCACAGCAGCCUGGAGGAACAGGAACCCAGCUACCGAGACAGAGUCGAGGUCUUUGACAAUGAAAUUCCGAAAGGGAAUGUGUCCCUUAGAUUGAAGAACGUGACUCUCUCUGACUCUGGUAUCUACAAACUCUCCGUUGCCACCCGAUCCCAAACCACUGAGACACAGGUCUUGCUCAGUAUAAGAGCUCUUGGCACGCAGCCUGUCAUUCAUUCACCUUCCGAUGAGCUGGGCCUGUUGGUGCUGGUCUGCGAGUCCUCAGGGUGGUACCCGGCUCCUCGCGUGACCUGGGAAAAUGGACUAGGCGAGAAUCUAACCAGCUACUCGCACACACAGCUAACUAACUGCAAGGGUGGCAGUGUCUGUGUGAAGAGCACGCUAGAAAUGGAUAACUGGCCCACCGGCAACUACACGUGCACGAUGUGGGACCAGGAAUUGGAUGAGGGAGUGUCGUCUACUUUCACUCUGAUUCACAGGGUACCACUGGGUACAGUCAUCGGUGCGACUGGUGCAAGCGUUUGUGCUUUCAUUCUGAUUGUCGCUGUCUGUUGGAGCUGGUGGUAACAAGCAAGUGAUACGAUUGGGAUUUUGUGGUUCCUCCUGUGUAACUAUCACUGAAGACUCUGUUGGUUUAAAGGUGUGAACACAAGACAAGCUGGACUGGGUGAAAAGGACUUUGUUUCCACCCUGUACCAAAUGAGGACUCCUCUUCUUUCCUAUUAGAAGAUACCAGAACCAACUGAGUUCCAGUGUUAAACCUUCCUGAGUGCAGGUGUUACAGCGUUCUGCUCCACACAGGCUGUCAUGCAGUCAGAAAGGAACAAAAAGACUGGUGCUAUUUUAAUGGGUUUGUUUUUUUGCACUUUACAGUGUGGUCCUUGCGCUGUGUGUCAAGAGUUCAAUGAUGUAUUGCUGCAAAAGAAAAAAAACUGACUUUUACAAUCAGGGAUUUUGCAGGUCGAGAGUAUAAUUUAACCGGUCAAUUCUCACUUUCUAUCUAGCAUGUUGUAUAGCAAUGGCUUUACUUUUUUUCCUUUUAAGCAACAGUUGUUAAGUACACUGAUGAAAGUCUGUUUUAUAGCAUUGAGUAACCCACUUCCAAGGAGCCAUGAACCGAUUUCACUGGAUUCUGGUCAGAUUACUUCAUGCCCUGAGGAAGGUUAAACUGGUACGAUGAUAAAUCUUUAGAACUAAUCCAAGCAAAUCCAUUAAGACGUUGCUGUUUUGUCCAAGUCUAUAUUGUGGAGAUGGGCCGGUCCCAUGAUGCCAGCAAGAAAGCAGUUGUGGGGUGAUCACUUCUCCUUGCAAUUGUUACACUUUCCAUCAAUCUCACUUCAAUCCCAUCUGCAGAGUGUUUGUGUUUUUGGAGUUUAAUUGUCAGGCAGCCUGUAGUUUUUCCUGGUUGAUCUGCCUCACCUUUUAUUUUGCAACCAUUUGGGAGUGAGAAUUCUUGUGAACUUUCUUCAUACGGGUAUAAUCUGACUCCGCAUUCACAGAUUAUGUCACACAAGCUGCAAGCACCACGACAUUAGUCCCUCUCAUGUUGUGAUGAGCUAAAUUGCUUGGAGAUUUCUAGACAGGAGGAGGCCAUUUAUCCCAUGCUAUUUAGAGUCAGUUUUGUAGCCCAUUGUAAAACUAAAUCCAACUGCCCUCCUCUCUAUCCACAUACCCCUGUACCUAACCUUGCUUCUAAUAUUUAUCCAGAUCUCCUUUUUAUUUAAAAAAAAAAGUUAUUUCCUAUAACACUGUACCAACUCCUGAAACAACUAACCUUUUCCACCAUCUAUGAUUAAUAUAAUUAAUCACUGGCGCUCCAGCCAGCGGAAACUAUCUUUCCCCUGUUGCCUUAUUAAAAUAAUUUUUAAAACACUUAUAUUAGAUAAUCUGUUGACACUUCAUUGAAAGCAGUGUGUGUAUAGGAACAGGAGUAGGUCAUUGAUCCCCCUUGAGCUGUUCCAUCAAUCGAGACGGUCCUGGUUGAUCAAUAAUGAUAAAAACAAGUUAGAUUUGGUGUUCCUUGAGUUUAAAAGAUUAAAUUGUGAUCUAAUUGGCUGCUCAAGAUUAUUAAAAGUUAUAGGGCAUAGACAGAGAAAUCCUAUUUCCUCAUAGAGGUCCAGAGCAAAAUACCAGCAGGUUGUUCAAGGCUGAUUGUAGGAAGCACGUCUUCACACAUAGGUUGUUGGAAACCUGGAGCAUCUUCUCAAAACGCUCUGAGGCUUAGAGUCAGUUCAAAAUUUCAGGUUUGUUGUUAUGGUUUCCAGAAACAAGGUGGUCAGCUGACAUUAAGAUACAGCUCAGUGAGAAUUGCAUUAGGAAUAAAGGAUCAGGAAUAUGCCAUUGAGGUCUCUGGUGUCUGUUUGCCUGGAUGAUUUGGUGAUGGUCAGUCUGUGCCCUAACUACAUUUACUUGCCAUUGUCCACAUCCCUUAAUGUAUCUGAUGAACAAGAAUGAGAAAAUUAUGUAGUCUUUUUUAAACUGAGUGAAAAAUGUGUACCUGAAGUCUCUCCCUCCAACAAUGAUUGCCUGUGGUUUCUGGGAAUAACACUCCCCACCACUUUAAUAAUCUGUAAUGACAUCCCCCAAGACCAAAGACUGAGUUUGUGCUGUGACCUAUCAAAUUUCUCACCAGGUUAAGAAAAUUCAGUAUUAAUUCUUGAGAUGUGGGUGUGACUGACAGGGCAGCUAGUUACUGCCAUCCCCUAUUAGCCUAAGGUAGUGGUGAUGGUAUUAGAGUACUUGGACAGUUCAGAACAUCGGAACAGUUUGCCAACCUAUUUCAGAGGGCAGUUUGAGUCAACUGCGGAUGGGCAGAUUGUGAAAGGAUGCCAGGUUUCCUUCUCUAAAGCGCACAAAUAGAUUGGUCAGCUUUUCUGAUUAUCUAAAGUUUCAGCAUCACUUUUACUGAUAUAUCUCCUUUUUAUUUAUUGAUUUAGUUUGAAAAUAAAAUCAUCUUUCCGUGUUGGGAUUUCAGCUUUUGUUUUCUGCGUUGGCAGUCGAAUACCUAACCACACUGCUAAUUUUAUAGUCCCAGAUUUUGUUGCCUCCUGUUCUGCCUUAUCCAUCAGCCCUAACUCUUUCAGCACCUUAAGCAUUUCUGCAUCUGUAUCUCUUUGUGCCACUCCUACUGCUGUUAUCUUGUGUUCCCUCUCACUCAAUACUUAGACACAAUGGUAUAUUCCCUCAUGCCUCUGCACUUCUGUAUAUGUCUUCCCAUUCCAUGUCUUCCUGAAAUCUUCUAUAGCCUACCUCACUGUUUUUAACAAGCCUCUUACUUUUGUGCCAUCACUGAAUUUUGAGGUGAGGUUCCAUACUCUCAUCCAAAUAAUCACCUGCAUAAAGAAUGAUCUUACAUUUACAGCUGUUGGCCAUGGCUCAGUGGGUAGCCUGUUCCCUGUGUGUGUGAGAGAGAGAGAGAGAAAGAUUUUAGCUUCAAAUCCAAUGAUGAGGACAUCUCUGAAGCUAAUGCUGGAGUGCAGUACUGAGGGAGCACUGUAUGGUCAAAGGUGCUAAUUCUUAAGAUAUUUAUUAAACUGAAGCCCUAAAUUCCCUCUGGAGGUAUAAGAUUGAUAAUAUUGAUUACACGUUGAAAGAAUGUAAUUGGCUAUGAAGUAAUUUGCGAUGUUAUGGGCCCUUAAUAGCACUAUACAAAUGCAGUUUUUUGAGGAAAACAGGUAAACUCAGCACUGACUGGUUGGUGUACCACUUUCAAUCCAACAUCUACUGAAGGUCAAUGCAAUAACAUGGAUCUUUCUUCAUUGCUUAAAGGUUGAGUUCACGAAUCAUGUUUACAAUUUAAAUUUAACCACUCAAUUCCACUUGAUGUUAUUUUUAUCGGGAGUGAGUGGCUGAUAACUCUUAUUGCUGUGUUAUGUGGGGGUAUGUCUUACAGCUGGGAACGGCAGCAGAACAUUGGGAGUGUAACAAACAGGAUGCACUGAGCUUCAGACAGGGAGUUGCUCCUUGCAGAAUUUACCCAAUGGAAGACUGCACACAUUUCAGCAGCAGCUUCCAGUUGAAUGCAAACUUGCCCCUCAAUCCCUUUUUAAAAAGAAACGCACCCUGGCCAAAAUAUCUAUGACUGACUCAUUGUGUUAAAUGCACAGUUUUUACACUUGAUAGUUUACUAAUUGCUUCGGCUCAGUUCCAGCUUCAAACUUAACGCUUUUUAGUUUAGUCACCAAAGUCCAGAUAUUGUCAGUUUCCCAGGUCAAGUGGUUCAAGCUGCAAACAAAAGUUAUCAGUUAGGAGACCUCGGGCGCCUGGUCAUUUGGUUGUUUGCUCAGGUGAAGCUAUCAGAAAAAUGUCUGAUAUUGACCUUCAUUAUUGUACAUACUUGUUUUAAUGUCCGUUGUUAAUGCUCAUUAUAACGUCUAUAAAAAUGAAAAAUUCUGCAAAA